AUGACAUCAAUAAUAGGUAAUGAUCGACACUUAUUUAUACGAAAAAUAUUAGCUGGAUUAAUACUGGCUGCAAUUGCUUGUGCUGUAAUAUCUGGUUUUGUGAUUGCUAUGAUCCUUAGUGACCGAUCUCAAGAAACUACAAUUGUUCUACAAUUACCAGCAACUAUUGUUUUAAACAGAUUUAUUGAAUCAUACGAAUUACCACUGUUUUAUAAUGCACUAGAUAUAAUGGAUAUUAUUGUUAUUGAUAUGAAAAAACUUUUGAAUACUACAUUUGAAGAUAAAUUUGUUAAUCUUAUAGUCACAUAUUUUUCACCAACGCCUAAUAUUACUAAAACAACAACAAUACAAACAUCAUUUCAAAUUAUCGAUUCUACAACGGAAAAUAUAAUAACAAAAUCAAAUACUCAUAAAUUCAAUGAUAUAGAAAGUCGAGAUCCAACAACUACAAAUACAAUAUUUAAGUCUUCAGAAAUAGAUUACAUUGAAAAUCAAAAUAAUCAAACAACAUCAAUUAUUUCUAACAAUAGUAUCAAUCGAUGUAAUAUUACAAACAAUACAACUGGUCAAUCAUCUAUUAUAUCUUUAAAAAUGUUUCUAUAUUUUCAAAUUAAAAAUAGUGAAACUAUUUCAAUUCCAGAAAUAAUUGAUACAUUUCAAAAUUUGAAACCAUCUAUUGCUGUAGUUAAUAGAUGUAAAGAAUCAAGUUCAAAAACAGGUUCUUUCAAUCAAAUGCUGUCAACAAUCGCAUCAUCCACUCAAGUGAAUAUCGAUACGACAACUUUACGAAAUGAAGAAAAUGUUCCUCAAUCGUUAAAAAGCAAUGUAACUGAUAUAGCAGCAAGAGCUGUAUAUCAAUUCAAAUAUUAG